AUGGUCAAGGAUACACCGGUUUACCCAAUUCCUUCUGUGGACCGCCAGCGAAAACGAAGGCUGCAGUUUGAUGAAACGCCUCCACGAUCCCCUGACUUGGACGAGGCCGCCAAUUCGCUAUUGCUGGACGAUAAUUUCCCGCUAUAUGCUAGGACUAUAAUCGGAUACUUGCUGGAAAGUCGCAAACAAAUGGAGUCGAUUGUCAGAAGCAAUCGUGAGUUGAUGGACGAAGUGAAAAAAUUAUCUGAUCAAAGAACCAGUCGGAAGCCGAAUCAACUUCUGUGGAUCAAAUCGGAACAAAUCUUCCGAGUCAAACCGCCGUGGAUCAAAUUGGAUGGCAGGAACAAGAAAGAAGACGAUCGUUGGUACUGGCUGGAAUUCCGGAAUAUCGUGGUGGACCAAGCAGCGUAA